CAUGAACAAAUCGACAGCACUUUACGCGACGUCAUACUCCAAACAACAAUCGCAAACGCCAACAUGGUCCUCUUCGACGAAGACCCCAAAGAAUUGCUCAAAGAAACGACGGCGCAAUUCCACAUCGCCCCCGACCGCGACAGCAUCUCCCGCAUCUCCGACUCCCUCGCCUCGCUCUCCAACGCGCGCACCUCGCGCCUCGACCACCAACAAGCACUGCUCAAAUCACUCUCGCGCCGCCUCAAUGGGCUCGAAGAAGGGCGAAGAUGGGAGGAGGACCGGCACGAUGCGGGCGGGCAUGCGGCGCGGAUGUUGAAGAUGGACACGGAGAAGUUCCGCGUGGCCAAGGGCGCGAGCGAUGCGGAGAUUGAGAGUGAGCGGUUGGAGGGCGAGAUUGCUGGGUUGAGGCAGCAGUUGGACGUGCUGGAGAAGCAGGGAGUGGAAGGGGGUUGGAGGAGGGACAGCGGGAACGAGGACGAGGUUGUACUCAAACUGCACAUCUACCGGUCUCUCGACAUAUCAGCCACACAAGACCCGGCGACCGGCGAAUUCACCCGCGCUGUUGUUCACAAGCUGCCGACGUCGCAGAAUGCAGAUGGAAUGGGGAACAGUGUCAAAGGCAGUGUAAAUGUCAUCAACGUCGACAGGCGCAUGGAUCGGAACUUUUACACCAGCAUGUUCUGGGAUGCACUAUAGCGGACGACAGCGCAGAGCAUGAUACCCGUCACGAAAAUGAAAGCACUCUUGGCACAA